CAACAAACUGAAGACAGAUCCCCCCAAUGUUCCUAAAUGGUCUUUGUUUUGGGUGCAUUGAUCGCCCUCAUUCGGUGCAUUUGCUGAAAAGGGAAUUGUAAACAUAUGUAUAACAGGUAUGUCUCUACACAACAUAUUUUAUUAGUUUCGCUAGCACGUUUAUAUACCCUCCUACGCAAUUUCCAGAAAUCUUGUUUAGUAUAGUAGACUGUGUAGCUAGAAUGAAUGUUGGUUGUCCGUAGCCCUUCCUACCACCAGACGUCUUUGUGGUGCUAUGAUAACAAUCAGUUUGCCAAAUCUAAAGACCUACAGCUUGCCAGUACUCCUACUGUGGUAACUUACAGAGUAAAGGCAUAUCAUUGUAGCUAACAGAAACAUGAAUAUUAAUUUAUUUAAGUAAAUCCUCGUAAAGAUGGAAGAAAAGCAGUAUACGUCACUGACGGUUCCUACGGAUUAUCUCCAACAGUGGUGAGUUGUCCUCCAAAUGCAUUGGUGUUGGAGGUUUUGCAUAAAAUACAAUUGUUGUGGAGUGUCAGUGCAGUCUCCAUCAACAUACAUUUAUGAAAUAAAUUGAAUUUUGUAACAACUGACAAAACAGUUACUAUUGUCGAGGCCUACACUAGGCUAUGCAUUAUUGUCAUCAUCACAAACAACAUCAGAAAAAGCAUGCUUCUUAUUGCAACACUGUACUUUUAAAAUGAAGAAGCAAUCAUGGUCCUGUGUAGACAGACAGCCGGGAAGGAAUUCAGAAAAACAGACAGACCGACAAACAAAGACAGCUCUACAUGGUACAUAAUCAAAUUUAAGAUUUGCUAAUAAAAAAAUGUCAUUGGAAGUCUAUAUGCAAAGUUACUCUGUUGAUGCAGAGUAUGAGGCAACGUGUCAUUGAUAUGGCCAUUUACAUUUAACUAAAGUAAUCCUAGACCUUAAAACAUAUGCAUAAUUAAAACAUGGUCAUUAAUAGCACACAUCCAUAUGAAAUCAAAUUAUUGGCCCAUGAGUAGGGCCAUAAGUUUUUUCUGACCAGGAAACAUGACAUGUCAAACCAAUGUGUGUGUGAAACAUGUAUUAUUUGAAGGCCUCUAUCAUCUUUGUUGAUGUAAACUCAUUCUGAGAUCCUAGGAGCAUGAACAAUUUGUCUAUGGGCCCUCCGUCGUUUGUGCGUCAUUUUGUUUGUCAUCAGUUUCGUCUCAUCUCGUGACAAAUCCCAUGAAAACAAAAGAAGAUAGUGUCACCCCAGUCUGCCUCUUGUCCCGUUGUCUUCUCGACCUGUAGGUACCAGUCCACCCAGCAGCACCCCCAAGCUCAACAUGUGAUGCAGUACCAUAACACAGGUCAUAUGGGUCAUUACAUGGAGGGAUCCAGAGAGGACCGGGUCAUGACGGAGCUGUCGGUCCACCAGGAGCUCCCUGUCCACCAAGAACUGGACUUCCAUCAUGACUUCCUCGGCCAUCAAGAGCCAAUUGUCCAACAUCAUCAGCCUGUGGAUACAUCACAAGGUAUGUGAUUACUGCCCCUCCCCCUACUUAGCCAUGCAAUCUACCAUGUUUGCUUGGUAAAUAUUUGUACAGCUCGAUUUGCCACUCUGUGCUCUCUUUCCUCCACAUACCGUAAACACAUUUCCCCAGUCCCCAUCUCCCUGGUAUUAACAUGAACUGACCCAUCCUCAUGCAGUGCUGUUCCUGUAAUCAAUCGGUCAAUCAAUUCAAUUAUUUGUCUAGCACCUUUUACAGAAUCAUUUGGCAUGUUUGAGAUUGACUACAUUGCAGUCGGACUGCACAGGAUCACUGAUCUAUAAAUCACCUUGCUUCCCAGAUAGGCACUCAUUAUGUGAUCAAGAUAAGUGAUUCUGCAGCUCGCCUCAAACACAUUCCCCUCAAACUUGUUAAUUUUCUUUAUUUUAGCUCCAAUGCCAGGGAAGAGAAAGAGAGGUCGACCUCCCAAACAGAAGCCGGGGGAGGGCCAACCACAGGAGGACCACGAUCAGGCAGAGGCUCUGAAGAAAGCCAAAAGGACCCUUAACCGCUUCAAUGGCAUGUCAGUGGAUGAGGUUAUGGCCAAAACCCUGCCAGACAUUAUUGACCACAACCUGGACAUUUUGAUAGUGAGUUUUAACAUCAUUCAAUGAGUGACAUUUUUGGAAUGGGAAUGUUGAGUAGGUCUUUUGAUGUGAAGUUUGGCUACAUUUGUUUUAUCUGUACCGUUUCCCUCUAAUGAUAGCCCAUGGAUCAAACGCAAAUGUUAGUUAGAUUAAAGCUAUUAAUUACGUGAAAAUCUAAUCUCUAAAAUAACUUUUCGUUCUCUAGCAUGUUGCAAUAAUAAGGUAUUUUAUUAUCCCUUUCUCAGAUUGGUAUCAAUCCAGGACUAUUGUCAGCCUACAAGGGACGACAUUACCCAAACCCAGGAAAUCAUUUUUGUACGUUUCACUCAGUAUUAUUUUUUUCACUUCUAUUUUCAUAUAUCCAGAAUAUUGUAAUAUGACAUACUGACUGCCUGAUCAGGGUCAUGUUUAUUGGGGCACACCGUAGCAAAACGGAAAACAAAAGCUAGCUGUUCUUGUUGGACAAGUUCAGAUAGUACCUCCCUGUUUAACUCGUUUGAGACAGCCUUCUUACGUUUCGUGCCUAGUGAGCACGACCCACGUUAUUAGUAACAUUAUGAUGAAAGUGACUGAGCUAGUUCUUGUUUCGGACCUUAGGGAAAUGCCUGUUCCUCUCUGGUCUUACUGAAGAGCAGCUCAACCACAUGCACGAUCAGAGCCUACCGGAGAAGUAUGGCAUUGGCUUUACCAACAUGGUGGAGAGAACAACCCCAGGAAGCAAAGACCUCUCAAGGUGUCAAACCCUUUUUUUGUUCAAAUGUAUAAUAAUUGUCAAAUGUAUGUUAUUAAACGUGCCAUCAUAGUAAUAAUAGUUAUAAAAACUAACUUCCAUGUUGUGUUUUCUCUUUAGUUUAUAAUUGUCAUCAUGGUUAAUUGGCUGUUCAUUGUCUAGGCUAACUGUGUUACUAUUUCCACAGCAAAGAGUUUCGGGAAGGAGGCCAUCAAUUGGUAGAGAAGCUGAAGAAAUACAAGCCACUAAUUGCUGCUUUCAAUGGAAAAUGUGAGCACAUUUUUGUAGAGGAUAUCAGUAAUUACAAUUGUAGUUUUUUAUGCUGUCUUUUACAGUUAACUUAAAAAAUAUACUAUUAAAAAUGAUGAUGAUAAUCAUUGCAUUGCUCUUUGGCAGGUAUUUACGAAAUUUUCAGCAAAGAGAUCUUUGGAGUGAAGGCAAAGAAACUCGAGUUCGGCUUACAGCCGUACACAAUCCCAGAAACCGAAACGGUAAGUAGAUUUACCAAAAUAGUAAGAAGUCGCAAAUGUUUGUAUCAUGUAUCUUGAUGUUUGUGGCCAUUCUCUGUUCCUCUCAUUGGCUGUUCAUACUGUUGUUUUGGGGUCUGUUCAAGAGGGUGCAGCGUUAUAGAAUAUUCGGAUAGAAAUGUAUUGUGUGUAGAUCAAGUUUAGUGUUUGUGAGUCAUGUCGGCUCUGCACAUUACAUUCCUACCUGCAACGUUGCAAACAUUUUCACUCAUUAAAUACACCCCAGGUGUGCUACUUGAUGCCCUCGUCAAGCCCCCGGUGUGCCCAGUUCCCCCGCGCUCAGGACAAGGUUCACUUCUACAUCAAGCUGAAGGAGCUACGGGACAAGAUCAAGGGUGUGGCUCCAAUCGCCCGUGAGGUGCAAGAGACGGAGUACCACUUCGACUUGGGACUUGCCAAAGGUAACUGAAUUAGUCUCCCGUUGCUACACUUCAAAGUCUCGUUCACUUGGCUAUUUCAGAACGAACAUGAGAAAGCUGGAAACUGAAUCUCUUAUACAGUGCCUUCAGAAAGUAUUCAUACCCCUUGACUUAUUCAACAUUUUUGUUGUUACAGCCUGAAUUCAAAAUGGAUUUUUUUUAAUCUACACACAAUACCCCAUAAUGACAAAGUGAAAACAUGUUUAGACCUUUUAGCAAAUUUUAUUGAAAAUGAAAUGCAGAAAUAUCUCAUUUACGUAAGUAUUCACACCCCUGAGUCAAUACAUGUUAGAAUCACCUUUGGCAGCGAUUACAGUUGUAAGUCUCUAAGAGCUUUGCACACCUGGAUAGUACAAUAUUUGCACAUUAUUCUUAAAAAAAUUAUUCAAGCUCUGUCAAGUUGGUUGUUGAUCAUUGCUAGGCAGCCAUUUUCAAGUCUUACCAUAGAUUUUCAAGAAGAUUUAAGCCAAACUGCAAAUAGGCCACUCAGGAACAUUCAAUGUUGUCUUGGUAAGCAACUCCAGUGUAUAUUUGGCCUUGUGUUUUAGGUUAUUGUCCUGCUGAAAUGUGAAUUUGUUUCCCAGUGUCUGUUGGAAAGCAGACUGAACCAGGUUUUCCUCUAGGAUUUUGCCUGUGUUUAGCUCCAUUCAGUCUCUCUCUCUUUUUUUUUUUUAUCCUGAAAAACUCCCCAGUCCUUAACGAUUACAAGAAUACACAUAACAUGAUGCAUCCAACACUAUUUUUGAAAAUAUGAAGAGUGGUACUCAGUGAUGUGUUGUGUUGGAUUUGCCCCAAACAUAACGCUUUGUAUUCAGGACAUAUAAUGUUCAUUUCUUUGCCACAUUCUUUGCAAUUUUACUUUAGUGUCUUAUUGUAAACGGAUGCAUGUUUUGGAAUAUUCUGCACAGGCUUCCUUCUUUUCACUCUGUCAUAUUAGGUUAGUAUUGUGGAGUAACUAUAAUGUUGUUGAUCCAUCCUUAGUUUUCUCCUAUCACAGCCAUUAAACUCUCUAACUGUUUUAAAGUCACCAGUGGCCUCAUGGUAAAAUCCCUGAGCAGUUUCCUUCCUCUCCAGCAACUGAGUUAGGAAGGACGCCUGUAUCUUUGUAGUGACUGGGUGUAUUGAUACACCAUCCAAAGUGUAAUUCAUAACUUCACCAUGCUCAAAGGGAUAUUCAAUGUCUGCUUUUCUUUUUUUUCUUCCCAUCUACCAAUAGGUGCCUUUCUUUGUGAGGUAUUGGAAAACCUCCCUGGUCUUUGUGGUUGAAUCUGUGUUUGAAAUUCACUGCUCGACUGAGAGACCUUACAGAUAAUUGUAUGUGAGGGGUACAGAGAUGAGGUAGUCAUUCAAAACUCAUGUUAAACACUAUUAUUGCACACAGAGUGAGUCUAUGCAACUUAUUAUGUGACUUGUAAGCAGAUUUUUAUUCCUGAACCUAUUUAGGCUUGCCACAACAAAGGGGUUGAAUACUUGGACUCAGGACAUUUUAAGCUAUUCAUUUUUAAUUAAUUUAUACAAAAUUCUAAAAACAUAAUUCCACUUUGACAUUAUGGGGUAUUGUAUGUAAGCCAGUGACACAUAUCAAUUCAAUCCAUGUUAAAUUCAGGCUGUAACACAACAAAAUGUGGAAAGAGUCAAGGGGAUACUUUCUGAAGGCACUGUAUACACUGAAUAUAAUGUUAUUGAUAAGUAGGGUGUCCAAUCAAAAACACAUAUUUUGAACAAUGGGUAAAAUAAUAUGUUAAUUGUGUAGAUAAUCCUCUAAGAAAACAAAUGGUCCAAAUCUCAUGUCUCUAUCACAAUCCAUUCAAACGUUAUUGGAGUGUUUACCCUUGUAGUAUGGCCAGAAUUAAGGUGACUAAAUCAAUGGAAGCCAGAGGAAAAAAAGUGGUAAAAAAAAUAAUCUGGAAAGUUUAAUCGCGUCAACUACGCUGGAUUCUGUGCAAGAAUUAAGGCGACAGGCUCACUUUCUCGUUGAACUCCUGUUUCUUCUCAAAUCCGCAAGACAUAAAACAAUAUAGAGGUAAGAUGGAUAUCGAUUUUGAGACAUGACAUGUAGUAUUUUCAUAUUUUAGCAUACGUUAUUAAUAUUAAUGAGAAAUUCCUGUUAUUUUUCAAAGAUUUCUCACAAAAACAAGCGUAUCUCUGUGAAAUGUCAGCGGAGCACUGAGCGUAUACCAAGCUUUUCUUCAAAGCCUUUUACAUUAAUUCAGCUCAUGUCAUGCUAAUUUUACUUUUUGCGACCCGCGGAAACAACUUUGAAGACCGACCACAAAUUGAAAAAUCAUCAAAAGUUAUGAGAAACCUGCAUGGCUAUGUCAGAGCUUAUUAUCGGAUCUAUUAUCUUACGAAAUCAGACUUUUUGGAUAUAAUGUUAAUUAUAUGUUAGAGAAAGACCUCACUGAACGAUUCAGAACAUGAAUAAUAAUUUGUCUUCUAAAAUGUAUUUUAUAACAUAAGUAAGUGAAAUUCUCACCAAAGUGCGUUUUCACCCACUCUGGGCACAGUGGGUGGACAUAAGGAAUAAGACUGAUAUGAUAAUAAGGAUGCCAUCAUGUUACGCAAAUUAUAUUCGGUCAUUUGCUGUACAAAAAUGUUAAAUGAAGAUACAGUGAGGGAAAAAAGAAUUUGAUCCCCUGCUGAUUUUGUACGUUUGCCCACUGACAAAGACAUGAUCAGUCUAUAAUUUUAAUGGUAGGUUUAUUUGAACAGUGAGAGACAGAAUAACAACAACAAAAUCCAGAAAAACGCCUGUCAAAAAUGUUAUAAAUUGAUUUGCAUUUUAAUGAGGGAAAUAAGUAUUUGACCCCUCUGCAAAACAUGACUUAGUACAUGGUGGCAAAACCCUUGUUGGCAAUCACAGAGGUCAGACGUUUCUUGUAGUAGGCCACCAGGUUUGCACACAUCUCAGGAGGGAUUUUGUCCCACUCCUCUUUGCAGAUCUUCUCCAAGUCAUUAAGGUUUCGAGGCUGAUGUUUGGCAACUCGAACCUUCAGCUCCCUCCACAGAUUUUCUAUGGGAUUAAGGUCUGGAGACUGGCUAGGCCACUCCAGGACCUUAAUGUGCUUCUUCUUGAGCCACUCCUUUGUUGCCUUGGCUGUGUGUCUUUGGUCAUUGUCAUGCUGGAAUACCCAACCACGAUCCAUUUUCAAUGCCCUGGCUGAGGGAAGGAGGUUCUCACCCAAGAUUUGACGGUACAUGGCCCCGUCCAUCGUCCCUUUGAUGCGGUGAAGUUGUCCUGUCCCCUUAGCAGAAAAACACCCCCAAAGCAUAAUGUUUCCACCUCCAUGUUUGACAGUGGGGAUGGUGUUCUUGGGGUCAUAGGCAGCAUUCCUCCUCCUCCAAACACGGCGAGUUGAGUUGAUGCCAAAGAGCUCGAUUUUGGUCUCAUCUGACCACAACACUUUCACCCAGUUCUCCUCUGAAUCAUUCAGAUGUUCAUUGGCAAGCUUCAGACAGGCCUGUAUAUGUGCUUUCUUGAGCAGGGGGACCUUGCGGGCGCUGCAGGAUUUCCGUCCUUCAAGGCGUAGUGUGUUACCAAUUGUUUUAUUGGUGACUAUGGUCCCAGCUGCCUUGAGAUCAUUGACAAGAUCCUCCCGUGUAGUUCUGGGCUGAUUCCUCACCGUUCUCAUGAUCAUUGCAACUCCACGAGGUGAGAUCUUGCAUAGAGCCCCAGGCCGAGGGAGAUUGACAGUUAUUUUGUGUUUCUUCCAUUUGCGAAUAAUCGCACCAACUGUUGUCACCUUCUCACUAAGCUGCUUGGCAAUGGUCUUGUAGCCCAUUCCGGCCUUGUGUAGGUCUACAAUCUUGUCCCUGACAUCCUUGGAGAGCUCUUUGGUCUUGGCCAUGGUGGAGAGUUUGGAAUCUGAUUGAUUGAUUGCUUCUGUGGACAGGUGUCUUUUAUACAGGUAACAAACUGAGAUUAGGAGCACUCCCUUUAAGAGUGUGCUCCUAAUCUCAGCUCGUUACCUGUAUAAAAGACACCUGGGAGCCAGAAAUCUUUCUGAUUGAGAGGGGGUCAAAUACUUAUUUCCCUCAUUAAAAUGCAAAUCAAUUUAUAACAUUUUUGACAUGCGUUUUUCUGGAUUUUUUUGUUGUUAUUCUGUCUCUCACUGUUCAAAUAAACCUACCAUUAAAAUUAUAGACUGAUCAUUUCUUUGUCAGUGGGCAAACGUACAAUAUCAGCAGGGGAUCAAAUACUUUUUUCCCUCACUGUAUGAUCUCUAGAUUGUCAUGUGUUUGUCAAGGCAGUUCAGAGUGUUGAAGAUGAGUAACCUUGUAUUUCCUGUAUCACUGUGCUACAGAGGAUGCUAAGAGGAUGGCCAUCAAGGAAGAGCAGGUGGAUCCUGAGUAUGAGAACUGCGGAGGGGCACGCCAGGAUGCAAGUCAAAGCACCAGCUACUGCAACAUUUCCUCCACCAAAGAGACAGGUGAGAGUAGGUUUCUGAAGACAAGAGUGCUUGUAUUUUUUACUUUCGUUAGUUAACCUGGGCCAUCUGAUGAGGCUGAUAGAAAAGUAGACCCUAAAGAUGAGACGAGUUAGUAUCACUAUUCAUACAGGUUUUAGGUUUGUUAAUCUAAAAGGACAUAUGUAAUAAAUAUAUUAUGUUUAUUUUUUUUGCUUCUUUCAGAAAUGCCCAGUAAGGACCAAGCUACAGCAAUGAGCCACAUGCCAUACGACCAGUGGAUGACACAGUCGUUUGCGGACCAGAUACCGGACAUUAGCUGUAACAGUAGCAAUGUACCUCAACCUCAGUUGGGAGCAGAAACCUUUUGAAGAAGGUCCCACAAGAAGAGUCAUUGGGUCAUACCGUUUCUGAGGCAUCAUAAUGCAUGCGUUACACUAGAAGGAAGAUUGAGGGGAAAUGGCCCAUCUUGACUGGACUCCCAUUUUCAAAUCCUCUUUAAAACACAGGCCAUUUCUUUCUUAUUUUUUUAACUAUUUAUUGCAUUUCAUACAGCAUGUGUCCAGUGUCUUAUUUUUAUAUUUUUAAAGAAUGGGACUUUGUCGUAUCUCUCACUUGUACAUGUGGAAGUGUAAUUGUGCUCUGGAAUUUUCAAGUUUGUUAAUACAG